AUGCGCGAGCUUGGCAUUGAGAAGCUCGUCCUGAACAUCUGUGUUGGUGAGAGCGGUGAUAGGCUCACCCGCGCCAGCAAGGUGCUGGAGCAGCUGACUGGUCAGUCCCCCGUGUACUCGAAGGCCCGCUACACUGUCCGUACCUUCGGUAUCCGCCGUAACGAGAAGAUCUCGUGCCAUGUGACCGUCCGUGGUCCCAAGGCCGAGGAGAUCCUCGAGCGUGGCCUGAAGGUCAAGGAGUACGAGCUCCGCGCCCGCAACUUCUCGGCCACCGGCAACUUCGGUUUCGGUAUCCAGGAGCACAUUGAUCUCGGUAUCAAGUACGACCCGUCCAUCGGUAUUUACGGUAUGGACUUCUACGUCGUCAUGGGCCGCCCUGGCUUCCGCAUUUCCCGCCGCAAGCACUGCCGCUCGCGUGUUGGUGCCUCGCACCGCAUCAACAAGGAGGAGACUCAGAAGUGGUUCAAGCAGAAGUACGACGGUAUCAUCCUCAACAAGUAA